AGUGCAAGCUGUAUGGUCUGAGAAGCGGAACCGUUCCACACGGUCAUUGUUUACUAAUGAUUCUCCAUGUCUAACCAGUAUUAAAACAGCAUAGCACACGCGCCCCAGCGCAUGAAUGGAGAAAGUUAUAUGUCAAGCAUAGGAUAUCGUUAACCAUAGUAAUUCUCUUCAUGUCGGGGAUGCCAGCCACAAUUCGACAACAUGACUGAAUCUUCACCUCAAGCUGUGCCCCAAGAAGCAAUUGAAGUCGAAGAAGAGGGGCAGUAUCCUGAAGGAGGUACAAAGGCAUGGCUAGUAGUAUUUGGUGCCUGGUGCGCUAUGAUCCCAUCCAUGGGUCUUCUAAACACCUUGGCUAUUCUACAAGCACAAGUAUCAGAGAAAGAACUGCCAGGUGUUCCGGAAUCGACGAUUGGAUGGAUUUUUAGCUGUUACGCCUUCUUCUUAUAUAUAUGCGGAGGUCAAGUCGGGCCGAUAUUUGAUGCGCACGACAUCAAAGUUUUGAUAAUUCCGGGAUGUGUAGGAAUAGUGGCUGCUAUUGUCCUUUUUAGUCUCUCACAUGAGUUCUACCAGUUCCUUCUCUCCUUCGGAGUGCUUGGGGGCAUAUCUGCAUCGAUGCUCUUUAACCCCAGCAUCUCUGCCAUAGGGCACUGGUUCUCCAAGCGGCGUGCUCUAGCGACUGGUGUUGCGUGUACCGCCGGAGGCGCUGGAGGCGUGGCCUUUCCGCUCAUCAUCCUCUACCUGACCCCAAAGAUAGGCUUUGCAUGGGCCAUGCGAGUCAUCGGUCUCAUAUGUGCAGCUACCAGCGUCGCCGCCUGCCUUCUCCUCCGCAAGCGAUUGCCACCAAACAGGAAGGCCGGCGCGGCGAUCGACCUGCGAGCCCUCUCGGACACAAAGUACGCCAUCACGACGGCGGCGAUCUUCCUGGUCGAGUUCGCCGUUUUCAUUCCCUAUACGUACAUCUCCUCAUAUGCUAUACAUAUGGGGCUCUCGGCCCAAAAGGCAUAUCUUCUCAACGCCGUCCUCAAUGCUGGUGCAAUUCCUGGUCGGGCACUACCCGGCUACGUCGCGGACCGUUUUGGCGUGUUCAACGUCAUGCUCAUCACCUCGUCCUUGUGCGCGACGUUGGUCCUCGCGCUGUGGCUCACUGCGCCGUAUGGGAACGAGGCCAUGGUCACGUCGUUCACGGUACUGUUUGGGUUUUGGUCGGGAGCUGCGAUCAGUCUCACGCCUGUCUGCAUCGGGCAGGUAUGUAGAACGGAAGACUAUGGAAAAAGGACUGGCACUACGUUCUCACUGUCAAGCAUAGGGGCACUGACAGGCAUCCCGAUUGCGGGUGCAAUAUUGCAAGCAGCGGAUGGUGAGUAUUGGGGAGUGACUGUCCUGGCGGGAGUUUCAUAUACAGCAGCCGCUGCCAUGUUUGGACUCGCUAGAGUUUUUGUGGGAGGCUGGGGAGUGGCGGUGAUUGUGUAAACUGGUCAUGAACGUGGAAACCGGCCGGUCUCUUGCCUCAUAUAUCGCUGUAAUACUUCCUGCAAUCCAUAUCCGAAUGGAUAUUGUGUUUUCACUAAAUUGAUAGUUGAUGCUAGUUGAGAAUCCAAAAAAUUGAUUCUGUUCGAAG